AUGGAGCCGGGGGAGCGGUGGGAGAAUGGGGGCGCCCCGGUUCUGCCGGCGCCCAGCAGCGCAGGCUGUGGGGCUGAAAAUGGGGCUACGACGACAGCAGAGCCCAGCGAGUCUCCCACGGACCAUGCGGACACCUCGCCAGUGGUGACCUCGGCCUGCUUGUUCUUCGGCCGAGAAAACCCCGUGCGCAAGCUGUGCAUCGUCAUCGCUCGCAGCUGGUGGCUCCCGGCUGCCUCCAUGAUCCUCACCCUGACCUUUUGCGUGAUGCAAUGCUUCUGGCACCCGCUGGAGCCCACAGACAGCGGCAUCAACUUGGCGAUAGACAAGGCCUCGCUGGGGGUCACCAUUGCCUUCACUGUGGAGAUUGUGAUCAAGUGCCUGGCCUGGGGCUUUGUCCUGGACGACGGGGAGAGCCUCGGGGGCGCCUGGGAGGCCUGCACAGCACGGCUGCGCGGCGCCUGCGCGCUGUGCCUCCGCGCGGGCUCAGCGCCCGAGAGGGAUGCCCAGCUGGAUCGCCUCAUGUCGGCGCGCAGGGCGCGGAACCUGCAGCUGCCGGAGCGGCCGGGGCCGCUGCCGCCGCCGCGGCCGCCAGAGCUGCAGCGGGGGCAGCCCUCGGAGCUGCUGCCGCCCUGGCCCUCGGGGCAAAUGCAGCCAGAGGCGUCGCAGCAGCUGUCAGAGCAGCUGGAGGUAGAGGCGCCACAGCAGCAGCAGUGCCGCCGCGACGACUACGGCAGGCCUAGCGCAGCACAGCCUGAUGUGGCAGGACAGCAGCACACAGCCCCAAACGGCGGCGUUCUAGACCCUGCUGUCACGGUGGUGGUGGUGGACGGUAGGGCGAGUGUAGAUCUGACGCUCCCGGCCGGCCAGCCAAACGGAGAGCCAGCAGCAGCAACAGCAGCAGACGGCAGCGCCGGGGGUGGCGCUGCGCAGCAGCCCCGGCAGAUGUCGGCAUUGGAGCGGCGGCGGAGCCGGAAGUGGCAGCGGCGCCGGCCGUUCCUGCGGGACGGGUGGAACCGCCUCGACUUUGUGGUCAUCAUCGCCUCCUGGAUCACCUUCCUGCCGGGAGUGGGCAACGGCGCCGCGGCGGCGCGCUCCCUGCGACUGCUGCUGGCGCUACGCAGCAUCACGCUGUUCCCGGGCAUGAAGGCCUGCACCACCGCCGUGCUGCACUCGCUGCCAAUGCUGGGGUCCACCUCGGAUGCGGGCUACACGCCUGCAGCCAACGAGGGCAUCAUGUGUAGCACCAUGAAUGUCUGGGAGGGCCCGCAGUGCCCCGUGGACCAGGUGUGCCUGCAGGAGGGCCAGCCGCCGCAGUACGGCCAGCUCAACUUCAACAACCUGGCCACCGGCCUAGUCUACAACUUCUUCAUAAUCACCACGCUGUGGUGGGGCAUGGCCACCAGCUACCUGAUGGAGGCGACCGUGGGCUGGAGCUUCUUCUUUGCGCUGCUCCAAGUCCUGAUCGGCUGGUUCCUACUGUCCCUGGUGCUGGCUGUGCUGGGGGAUCAGUACCUAGAGGCAAUGAGGGGCGAGAAGCAGCAGCAGCGGGAGGAGGAGGAGGAGGCGGAGAAGAGCGGCGUGGGGGUGCCGGUGGGCUGGGCACGGCGCCGCUGGGACCGCUUUGCGGCGCGCGCGAUGGCGUGCUGGAGCGCCCCGCUGCCCGGCCUUCUGGGGAGCGCCGCGGAGUGGCGGUGGCGGCGCUGGCUGCGUGGCUGUGUGUCCCACUGGGCCUUUGAGGCCGCAGUGAUCAGCUCCGUGCUGGCCAACACAAUCGUGCUGGGCAUGCCCUACUAUGGAAUGAGCAACGUUUAUGCCAGCAGGCUCAACACCGCCAACAACAUCCUCACUUUCUUCUUCGUGGCGGAGGCGGCGCUCAAGGUGUCGGCCUGGGGCCGCUCCUACUUUCUAGAUCCCUUCAACUGCUACGACUUCAUCGUCACGGCGGUGGCCCUGGCUUCUUUCUUCAUCGAAUCCUCCGCGCCCGGCUCCUCCUCGGGGGGGCUGUCCAGCCUGCGCGCCGUGCGCAUCCUGCGCCUCCUGCGCCUGCUCACCGUGCUGCCCGCGCUGCAGCGCUUCCUGCACGUGCUGGUCAAGGUGCUGCUGCGCACGCUGGCCUUCUUCGGCAUCGUAGCGCUGACAGUGGUGCUGUUUGCGGUGCUGGGCAUGCUGGUGCUGGGCGGCAAGUGGGACCCCGCCGACCCAGGCGCGCCGCGCCUCAACUUCAACUCCUUUGGCUCCUCCCUGGUGGUGGUGUUUGACACGAUGACGGGAUCGCUGGAGGACAGCGUGUUCUACGCGAUGUACAAGACGCAGGGGUGGGCGGUGCUGUACUACAUGGCCGUGACGGUACUGGGCAACUUCCUGAUCCUCAACCUGCUGAUAGCCAUCCUGUAUGAGCUCUUUCUGGAGGAGUCUGAGGGCACCUCCAUAGACAGGGCGGGGCCAAAAGACUGGCUGCUCAUGCGGAAGCUGCGGCAGCUGGCGGCAAGCGUGGGGCGGCGCCUGUCGUGCUGCAAGACGGGGCUCGAGCCUGUGCUGCCCAACCGCGGCAGCCCCGAGCCGCAGCUGUCGCCUGCGGACAAGGAGGCGGCUUCGCCGCGCGGGGAGCCGCCGGGGCUGGCUCCGCUCGGCAGCGGGGGCAUGGAUGAGGAGGGGGCAGAUGUGGAGGCGGCGUCCGCCAACGGGCGCACGCCUGUUGCCGCCGACCUGCGGCCCUACUCCCAAUCCAGCAGCAGCAGCUUCUUCAAGGAUGCAAAGGACAACCCGGCAGCCACCUCCAGGCUGUCCUCGUUCCAGUCCGACCCCGCAGGCCGCGCGCCAGCUGGCAGCGAGCCAGACACAGGCGACGAGAGCGGCGGCGGCGGCGGCAGCGCGCCUGCCGCGGCCAAAGUGCGGCGGCGGGUGCGGGCGUGGCUGGCCUGGACCGUGUCAUGCGGGCCGGAGUGGAAGGGAGUGCAGGGGGAGCCUCUUUCCACCUACCAAAGCCGCGCCCUGUGGCUGCUGCCACCCCACAGCUGCCUGCGCCAGGCGCUGUUUGCGGUGGUGGACGACAAGCGCUUUGACUGGCUGGUGCUGCUGGUCAUCCUCUUCAACUGCGGGGUCAUGGCCCUGGAGACCCCCGGCAACUCGCCACACAUGGCGGACCUGCUGGCUGACAUGGAGUGGGGCUGCCUGGCCUUUUACAUCGCGGAGCUUGUGGCAAAGAUGCUGGCGCUGGGCGCGCUUGCCGACAAGGGCAGCUACUUUCGGUCCCCCUGGAACUGGCUUGAUUUCACGGUAGUGUCCACCUCUGUGCUGGCGGAGCUGCUGGCGCAUGUGGGCUGGGUGGAGGCGCUGCGCCUGCUGCGCGUGCUGCGCCCGCUGCGCCUCAUCGCCCGCAGCAAGCAGAUGAAGGCUGUGGUGGGGUGCCUGGUCACAUCGGUGAUGAGCAUGAUGCAUGUGCUGGCGGUGGCCGUGCUGGUGCAGCUGGUCUUUGCCAUCCUGGGCAUGCAGGCAAGCUCACUGUUCAUGGGAGAGGAGCACUACUGCACCUUGGACACCUGCUGCUCAGACCCCACCAACCCCACCACCUGCCAGGACGUGCGAUACCAGGAGCAGUGCACGGGGUCCGGCCCCGACGGCACGCCCUGCAUCUGGGCCAAUACGUACUACAAUUUCGACAACCUCUGGAACUCGCUGGUCACGCUGACGGUGCUGAUGACGGGGGCAAACUGGUCUGACGCCAUGUACACAGCCAGCGACACGGUUGGGCAGGGCAUCAACACGCAGGCCAACUAUUCGUCGGUGGAGGCCAUCUUCUUCUUUGCCAUUUAUCAGUGCGUGGCCCAGUUCUUCAUCUUCAACCUGUUCAUAUCCGUCGUGCUAGAUGCCUACAACGAGCAGCUGGAGCGGCAGGGCAUGGGCGUGAUGCUGACAGAGGGGCAGAAGGAGUGGGUCAAGUCGCAGCUGCACCUGCUGCGGGACCUGCCCGAGAAGCGGGGCCGCUCGCCGCGCCAGCCGCUGCGACGCAAGCUGCACACGCUGGUCAUGCACCCCUUGUUUGACUGGGUCAUGCUGGCGUUCAUCUUUGUCUCUGGAGUUGUCAUGAGCCUGCAGCACUUUGGCCAGGGCUCGGGCUGGGACGAGUCUGUGAUCAAGCUGGUGGCCCUCUAUCCGGCUCGCUACUUUGGGGAUGCCUGGAACUGCUUCGACUUUUUGAUCACCUGGGCAUCUGUCCCCAGCAUCUUCAUCUCCUCCGGCCCAGCCGUGGGCGCCCUGCGAGCCAUCCGUGCGCUGCGGAUCUUGAGGGCUGUGAAGCACGCCACGGGCCUGCGCCGCAUCGCCACCACCCUGUACAUCACCCUGCCCACUCUUGCCAACGCCAUCCUGGUCUUCUCCCUCUUCAUCUUCAUGUUUUCGGUGCUGGGCACCCAGCUGUUUUACGGCGUGCACCCCAGCUCGGAGCUGAUGAGGGAGGGGCAGGGCAUGACGGUGUUCUUCAACUUCCAGAACGUCGGCAACGCGAUGAUGAUGCUGACCAACGCAGCCACGGGCGAUAACUGGGAGCAGUACCAGCUGGACACCAUGGUGCAGCCGCCCGACUGCGACCCCGCCGCCGACGACUGCGGCAGCCCGCUGGCCUCCCUCUACUGGGUCCCCUUCAUGAUUGUCUGCUCCUUCCUGCUGCUCAGCAUCGUGCUGGCGGUGGUGGUGGAUGCAUACACCCUGAACCAGGAGCCGCCGCAGGUCACCCCCGAGAACUUUGACCAGUUCAAGAAGCGGUGGAGCGAGCUGGACCCCGCUGGCGUGGGCUUCAUCAAUGUCGCCGAGCUGCACGGCCUGCUGGCGAGCAUCGAGUACCCGCUGGGGUACCGCGGCCACCCGCACGGGCCCCAGCUGCAGCACCACACCGAGCAGCUGGCCACCAGCCUGCUCCAGGUGGACGACGACGGCUCCAUCUACUACCACGAGGUGAUGCAGGCGCUGACGGCGAGGGCGGCGGGCAUCUCCAUCUCCUCCCUGGGCCACCGCGUGCAGCUGGAGCUGAAGGAGGAGACGCGGUACCGCAAGGAGCGCCAGCGCCAGCGCCAGCAGCAGCUGCGCAGGCGCCAGCUGCAGCGCCAGCAGCGCAUCCAGCGCGCCGGCGGGCAGGGGCGGGGGCGCAGCGCGGAGCGCAGCGCGCGCUCCGCGGGCACGCUGUCGCGCCUGGUGGAGUCGAUCGGCCGCGGCGGCGGCCAGGCGGCCACCACCAGCCCGCCGCCGGCCAGCGGGCGGCUAGACCGCAGCGGCAGCGCUGCCAGCGCCGUGGCGGCGGCCUCGGUCAGCCUGUCAGAGGCGCCGUCGGCGGAUGGCUUCGCCAUGGCGGCGGCGGCCGCCGACUGCAGCCCGCACACGCCGCGCUCCCCGCUUGGGGCCGAUGGCAUGUAG